AUGAAGAAAGUUCAAUUCAAUGAUUCCUUUCAACGGAUAAAUUAUCUCUACCAAAUCAGCAAAUUAAUAGUCAGUAAAAAUACUGCUCUUUCAUCUUACUAUGGGAAUUUGGUCAUAAAUGUGGCUAAGAAGAAUGUCUUAAAAAUACAUCCAGAUAUCAAACGACAAAUAUGCAAGAAAUGCAGAUGCAUACUUAUCCACAAUGUUUCAGGCAAAAUGAAAUUAAAACAAAAAAAGAAAUCAAAGAUUAUAGAAUGGACUUGCAAUACCUGUGGUACUAAAAGAACGUUUCCCGCCAACAAUAAUAAGGACCAUAGAGUAUGGGUGGAAAAACCAGAAGCAGUUGUUGAAGUUAUCAAUUAA